AUGGAGAUUGAAGAUGAAGGCCGUGAUGAUGGCAACAAGGGCCUUUUGGGAAAUCCCGGCGCCAUGAGAAAAGUCGCCACCUAUUUCGCCGAAGCCCUAGCGCGCCGAAUCUACAAAUUGUACCCUCCCAAUCACCAGGACUCCGCCUUCAACGAUUUGCUGCAAAUGCACUUCUACGAGACCUGCCCCUAUCUCAAAUUCGCCCACUUCACCGCCAACCAAGCCAUCCUCGAGGCCUUCGCCGGCAAAACCAGAGUCCACGUCAUCGAUUUCAGCAUGAAACAGGGGAUGCAGUGGCCCGCCCUGCUGCAGGCCCUCGCCCUGAGGCCCGGCGGCCCGCCGAGCUUCCGAUUGACCGGAAUCGGCCCGCCCUCGCAAGACGAAACCGAUCACCUCCAGGAAGUCGGGUGGAGAUUAGCUCAAUUGGCGGAAUCGAUCAAUGUCGAGUUCGAAUACAGAGGCUUCGUAGCGAGCUCGUUGGCCGAUCUGGACGCCGCGAUGUUCGACAUCCGGGAGGGGGAGACCGUGGCGGUGAAUUCGAUCUUCGAGCUCCACCAGCUGCUGGCACGGCCGGGGGCAAUCGAGAAGGUGCUUGAAGUUGUUAACAGAUUGAAGCCGGAGAUAUUGACAGUGGUGGAGCAGGAGGCGAAUCACAACGGGAGUGUGUUCCUGGACCGGUUCACGGAGUCGCUGCAUUACUACUCGACACUGUUCGACUCGCUGGAGAGCAGCGGUGGCGGGGGAGGAGAGGAGGGGGUUAGUGUUCAGGAUAAGGUGAUGAGCGAGGUGUACCUAGGGAGGCAGAUAUGCAAUGUGGUGGCGUGCGAAGGGGGGGAUCGGGUGGAGAGGCACGAGACGCUGGGGCAGUGGAAGAGCCGGUUGGGUUCGUGUGGGUUCGAGGGGGUUAAUUUGGGGUCGAACGCGUACAAGCAGGCGAGCAUGCUGCUGGCGCUGUUUGCAGGUGGAGAUGGUUACAGAGUGGAUGAAAAUAAUGGAUGUUUGAUGUUGGGAUGGCACACCAGGCCAUUGAUUGCUACCUCUGCUUGGAAACUCACUACUACUACUUAAUUAGAUUAGAAUUCUCAAUUCUAGUUUGUGUGUUUGAGUCGAGAUUCUCAUUUGCUACAUUCUUAGUUGAAAAUGAUCUAAGUUUCUUUCUAUAUUACUCCCUUUUUACAUUA